GCUGUCGUCUGACCAGGAGCUGGAAUCGGCUCUGCAGAGCCCGGGCCAGGAGGCUGAGGUGGGAGCCUCGGAAGAAAGGACCUAGCGGAAACCAGGCCUUUUCCCGAGCCACCCGAUGGCUGCAUCCGGGCGCCCCCAGGGCCAAGCUCUUCAGGAGCAGGAGGGGCUCCUGAUAGUGAAAGUGGAAGAAGACUCGGCCUGGGGGCCCGACCUCUCGCUGCUGGGCGACGACUGCAGCCCCGAGACCUCCCGCCUGCUCUUCAGGCGAUUCCGCUACCAGGAGGCGGCGGGUCCCCGCCAGGCCCUCGGCCGGCUCCGGGAGCUUUGCUAUCACUGGCUGAAGCCGGAGAAACGCACCAAGGAACAGAUGGUGGAGUUGGUGGUGCUGGAACAGUUCCUGACCAUCUUGCCCGGAGAGAUCCAGAGCAGGGUGUGGGCACGUCAUCCCACUUGUGGGGAAGAGGUGGUGACCCUGGUAGAGGAUGUGCAGAGGGAACUCGGGACCCUGAGGCGGCAGGUCUCGGGCCAUGGGCGGAGACAGGAAGAGCUCUCUGAGGAGAACGCGUCUCUGGGAGAAGCCCCGGCAUCACCGAGCUUCAGGCCAAACCCGACGGAGAGCCAACGGAACCGACGCCUCAGGCCGCCACAGGAACUGCCGGGCCUCAGCCCGAAAGGGGAGCUCCGGGCCCUACAGGAAAGGGCUCUGCCUCCUUCCUGGAUUCCUCUCCCUCCUCAAAGAGGAAGCACUGAAGACAAGGAGACAGCAGGGUCUCAGUUGCCUGUGACUUUUGAGGAUGUGGCUGUGUACCUCUCCCGGGAUGAGUGGGGGCAUCAGGACUCUGCCAAGGAGAACCAGGAGAAUUACGAGAGUGCGGUCGCUCUAGGAUCUCAAAUUCCCAGUCAAGAAGCAGCCUCCAACUUGGAACAAAGAGAAAAGGCAUGGGAUUCAGAACUGCAGAACUCCAGGGAGAAGAACUCCAGUAGCUCCUGUUCAGGAGAAGACCUCAGUGAGAACAAGGAGGAAAAUCCUCAGCCAGUCCGCUUUGAGGAAGAGGAGCCUCAAGAGACGCCUUCCGGCCGAUCGGAAGUGGAGGUUCCUUGGAGUCCCGAGCCGGGCAAGCCGAGUGACGGGGAGUACAGGUCAGAAAGGCAGUGGGAAACUCCCCCAGAGGAGAGACUGGGGAAAUGUACUCCCUGGCAAAUGAGUUGCCUGGGGCGCCCCGGACAGAGAAAGCUGCAUCCCGGAGUGAAACUGUAUCAGUGUUCCCUGUGUGAGAAGACUUUCUCCAACAACUCAAACCUUAUUAGGCACCAGAGACUGCAUUCAACGGAAAGAUUCUACUCUGGCUUGGAGUGCGGGGAAGUCUUCAUUGGAGACUCCCACUUUAUCCCAACCCACAAAAUCCACUUAGGGGAAGAAAUUCACAAGUGCCUCGAGUGCGGAAAAAUCUUUAGUCAGAACACCCACCUAGUUAGACACCUGCGCACGCACACGGGCGAGAAGCCUUUCCAGUGUAAUGUGUGUGGCAAGAGUUUCUCUUGCAAUUCCAAUCUCCAGAGGCACCAGAGAACUCACACGGGAGAAAAACCCUUUAAAUGCCCUGAGUGCGGGGAGAUUUUUUCUCAUAGUUCGAACCUGAUUAGACAUCAGCGAAUUCACACGGGAGAAAGGCCCUACAAGUGUUCCGAGUGUGGGAAAAGUUUCUCCCGCAGUUCACAUCUGAUUAUCCACCAGAGCACCCACACGAGAGAGAGGCUUUACCCACUGACUGACUGUGGGGAAAGCAUUAGUGGAAGCACACUCUUCAUUACACAUCCCAGAGCCCACCGGGGAGAGAAGAAACUCUAUAAAUGUCCCACCUGUGGGAAAAGCUUCAGACAGGGUAUGCACCUUACCAGGCAUCUGAGAACGCACACGGGGGAAAAGCCUUUUAAAUGUUCCCUGUGUGGGGAAAACUUCUCUCACAGUUCAAACCUUAUUCGACACCAGAGAAUCCACACGGGAGAGAAACCUUAUACUUGUCACGAGUGUGGGGACAGUUUUUCCCACAGUUCGAAUCGAAUCCGGCACCUAAGAACCCAUACAGGUGAGAGACCCUAUAAAUGCUCCGAAUGUGGAGAGAGUUUUUCCCGCACCUCUCGCCUCCUGAGUCAUCAGAGAAUCCACGUGGGAUUGAAUAUGGAUGCAGAUUUAAUUGAGCAGCUACAGCGAUUCAGAGAAUAUAGGUACUCUGUGAAUCUGAACCUUGGAGAAAAGGUUAUUCCAUACUGGCUCUCUUCAUCAGUCGCACAAGAGGCCCUGAGCAGGAUGAUGGCCAUCAAGCUGGUGGUGGCUGCAGCCUCAGACCCCCAGAUCCAGGCUUUAUGGGAGCAAGAGGGUCCCCAGGUAGAAACCUCCAAAGGGGCCAACUGCACCCAGCCCCAGGACUCUCCCCUACAAGGAGACAGUCCUGAUCCAGAAACCUCCCGCCAACGCUUUCGCAAGUUCCGCUUCCAGGAAGCGGCAGGACCCCACCAGGCCCUCAGCCGACUGCGGGAACUCUGUCAGCAGUGGCUGAGGCCGGAGGUGCACACCAAGGAGCAGAUCCUGGAGCUGCUGGUGCUGGAGCAGUUCCUGACCAUCCUGCCUGGGGACAUCCAACCCAAGAUGGUGGAGCUUCGUCAAGAGAGCAGCAAGGAGGCUGUGACGUUGGAGGAAGAAUUGAGGAGGCAACUUGAAGUCCCAAUCUGUGCGCAAGGACCAGAAAAACGGUUGAAGAAAGCACCCCUCCAAAGAGUUCGGGUGAUCCGACACACCCAGCUGGAACGAGCGGAGACCCAGGACCCAGGGGGACUGCAGACAGCAGUGCAGACCCCACGGCCAGGAUCUCGGGAGCAGUCGGACUGCAUCCUCAGGGGCGGCAGGGAGCCCCAGGUCUGGUGGGAGAGAGCUCUGCCUGUUCCCCAGAUUUCUUCUACCUCUGAGAAGAGGAGAUCCAGUGAGCAAAAGGCUGUAGCUGAGCCCUUGACCGCUCUGUCUCAGAAAAUGGUGUCAUUUGAGGAGGUGGCUUUGUAUUUCUCCCAGGAGGAGUGGGAGAGUCUGGACCCUGCUCAGAGGACCCUCUAUAAGGAAGUCACACAGGAGAAUUAUGGGAAUUUGGUGUCACUGGCAUUGUUUCUGAUGCCCAAGCCUGAAUUGAUCUCUUCUCUGGAACAAGGAGAAGAGGCAUGGUUCCCGGCUCCCCAGGAGUAUGAGAAAAUCCCAAGGCCAUCUCCCACAGAACCUGAACUCAGAAGUGAGACCAAAAAGGAGGUUCCAGGGCAGCCUGUUCAUUUGGAAGAGCUGGUCCCAGGAGCCACUUUAUCAGAGAAUUCUAACAAGGAAGUUCCCAAGAGAACUGAAUCAGCAGAAGUCCAAGCUAGUGAGCCCAGGGAAGGAAAGCAACAGAGAAACUUACUUGUGGAGAGACGGCGGAAGCCUGCUUCCUGGAAAAAGGGCUUGCGGAAGCUCAUGGCAUCACGCAGGAAAGCCUUCACAGGAGAGAAACCGUUCAAAUGUCAAGAAUGUGGGAAAGGCUUCAGAGUUAGCUCAGAUCUGAUAAAGCACCAGAGAGUCCACACUGAAGAAAAGCCCUAUAAGUGUUCUGAAUGUGAGAAGAGGUUCAGAUGGAGUUCAGAUCGGAAUAAGCACGUAAAGACCCACCGAGGAAUAAAGCCGCACAAAUGUACCUGGUGUGGGAAAGGCUUCAGUCAAAACACAAACCUUCUCACACACCUGAGAAUCCACACUGGGGAGAAGCCUUAUAAGUGUUAUGAAUGUGGAAAAAGAUUCAAUCAGAACUCCCACCUGAUUAAGCAUCAUAGGACCCACACAGGCGAGCAGCCCUAUUCAUGUAACACGUGUGGGAAAAACUUCAGUCGGCGCUCAAGCCUCCUCAGACACCAGAAACUCCACCAGCCCAAGGAAAACUGUUCACGCCUGUAGUUUAAAGAGGGUCUGCGUGUUUCCAGGUGUCCAAGACCAUGGAGCAGCCUGAAUGUGUGAGUUUAUUCAGCUGGGAAAAGCAAACCUCAUUUUUCACAAGAGAGUCCAAGUACCAGAGAGACUAUCAAUUUUAAAGACACCAUUUCAUAUGCCAGAGAAAGGACUGGAGAGAAUUUUGUUAGGAGAAGAAUCAUAGAAGUAUCCUAUGUGAAGAAAUGGAUUCAUCCCUCAUGAAGUGAUGCACUGACUUCAGAAUGGCCGGUCUAUCCAUGUCCUGUGGUAGAGCACUAGUGGUGUCCUGCAUAAAGUUGGGGGAUGGCCCAAGAAUUACAGCCUCCCAAGGGUUUCUGCUGAAACUUGCACAAGGGAAGGUGAAUAUUUUCCUUCCCUGGAGAAUGUUAAUAAUGAAAUUGAUAAUGGGUGCAAAUUAACCCCUACUCCAGGUUUGAAUCCGGAUUGGAUUCAGUCAUCGAUCGGAAGAAAUGGAAUCAAUGCAACUUCUCUAAGUUAUCUUCUGGUUAAGUUUUAAUGUGACUUUGUGUCUGGAAGGGAAAGGGAAGAAGGACCCAUGAAUAUUGAUUUUGAUAAUCAAGACUAAGGGGCUGGGUUUUUGAGAGGCAGGAAAGGGAUUGGACAUUUGAAAAAUAGGCAAGGCCAGGAGGGCUGGCGCCUGGUAAUAAGUUGUAACAGGACUUCAUUUAUUUUUUCUUUGAUUUAUAGGAGUACUUCCAGACUUGCAGUUUUGUCCAGGCUGGGGAAGGGACAAUCCUGCCUAAUAGGAGGGAGAAGUAACUAGAUCUGCCCUCCUAAUGGUCCCUUUUCCAAAAGGGGGCAAAGAUAUUUUCCUGGAAUUGGUCAUUUUGGCACUUGAAGGGGUAAAGCAAAGCUGUUUCAGGAAUGGCACCACUGCACCCCAGUUUUCGGUAAAUUCUCUUAAUUUUAGCCCUUUGUUCCUGCUUUAUGGGUCAAGAAAGAUUAGCUGAAGUAAUAUGAGGUUAAGUUGUGUUUUGUUGUAAAAACCUGAAAACCUCUGAGUUCCCUCCCAGCCCUAUAAAUUUGCAUUUCGGGUUCCAUCUCAUCUGUCAUCUACCUUAGAAAAUCAAUCAGUGGUAUUUACUGAGUGCUUGCUGUGUGCAGAGCACUGUACUAAGCACU